GACACCGAUAAUUUAAAUUUGUGCGUGGCGCGCGAGAACAACAUAUCCAAUGAGGCGAGUCGUCGCCAUCACCCGGCUCAGCUAGCCUCGUUCUCCCCCGGCGAGAGGGAGACCAGUUCGACCAGAAAACACCAGCCGGCGGGCGGAAGGAGAGGGAGGAGCCAUGGCCGAGCUCGCGGCGGGCGCCGUGAGCUCGCUGCUGGUCGUCAUCCGCAGCGAGGCCCUGCUGCUGCGCGGCGUCCGGGACGACGUGCAGUUCAUCAAGGAGGAGAUGGAGAGCAUGAAGAGCUUCCUGGCGCACCUGGCCAGGUGGGCGCCCCCCGGCGGCGAGCACGACGAGCAGGUGCGCACCUGGAUGAACCAGGUGCGGCUGCUCGCCCAGGACUGCAACAACUGCAUCGACCUCUACCUCUACAGGGGGAAUCCUGACAUCCACCGCGCCAGAGGUGGGCUCCGAGGCUACCUCUGGUGGGCGACCUGGUUCUUGCACAAGCUGGCUGCACAGCACCGCGCGGCUGAGCAGCUGCGUCUUCUCAAGGAGCGGGCACGCGAUGUCGGCGAGCGGCGGUUGAGGUACGGCGUGGAGGUCCCGGACAAGUCCGGGAAGGGGCAAUUGGCUCUGACGGCAUCCUCGUCAUUGUGGGCUGCUGCGGCAGGUGGCUAUGCGGCCGGGGAUGACGAAGAAGAAGACGGUGAUGGUCAACUCAUGGGGGCAAUGGCGACCGACGGCCAUUCUGGUCCAAGAGCCUUCACUAAGCCUCGCACUCUGGACGACUACGUCAAGGCAAAGCUAUGGGAGUGGUUGCAAGGAGUUCCUGGUAACGCCGGCGAAACUUUGUCCAUGGUCGUGGUGGCACCCUACACAUAUGAGGACCUCCUCGCUCUUGUACAAGAAACUUGGCUUUUGAGUCAAAACCGGAGGGGCUACCAUCGCAUUGUCGUGGUUGACAUCCCAGCUGUGCACCCUGAUUUUAUGCUGCUACGGCCCAAGGAGGUUCUCUUCUACAUUCUGCGGGAGCUUAAGCUUGCCAAGUCCAAUCCCCAGGAGCAAGGCACAGAAGGCCAAGAGGAUCUGGACUCUUGGGAAGUUUACCUAAGAAGAUGGCAAAUUUACCGUGAAAAGAAGAGGGCUAUUGCUCUUCUUGACAUCGAGGAGAAUAUCGAAGAGAUGAAGAUUUAUGAAAAGCUUGACAAAAUCAAAAGUGAUAUUCAAGGUCGACUAGAGAAGGGCGACGGGCUUCCCAAGGGCGACAAGCUUCAGGGUGAUUUUGACAAGUUGGACCUAGACGUACUACUUCAGCUGCUGCUCCAGACAGCGUCUCAACAAGAUCAAAAGGGGAAGAACAAAGACAUGCAUAGAUUACCACCGUGGGACAAGGACAACAUCAUCGUCAAGAAGCUCAAGGAGCAUAUGGAAGUAGAGGAAAAGGACAAGAAGAUUGAAGAGAGAGAAGCUGCCAAGAAUAUGGGGGUGGAAGGAGAAGCCGCAGUUAAGCAUAUGGAAGAAGAGGGAGGAGGAGAAGUAACAUCCAAACAUAUGGAGGAGGGGGGAGGAGAAGUAGCCAUACAUAGGGAGGAGGAUAUGGAGGAGAGGGAAGGAGAAAUAACCAUACAUAGGGACGAAGAGGAAGAAGGGGGCGGGAGAGGAGAAACAACCGGGCAUAUGGAGGUGGGAGAAGGAGAAGUGGCCAUACACAGGGAGGAGGAUAUCGAGGGGGGAGGAGAAGUAGCCGCACAUAGGGAGGAGGAUAUGGAAGGAGAAGUAACCAUACACAGGGAGGAGGAGGAGGAGGAGAAAGAAGAAGAAGAAAAAGAAGAAGAAGAAGAAGAUGAUGAUGAUGAUGAUGAGGAUGAUGAUGAUAAUGAUGAUGAAGAAGAAGAGGAGGAGGAGGAGAUGAGGAGGAUGAGGAGGAGGAGGAGGAGGAGGAGGAGUACGCCACGGAUUCAGCUCGAUGAGGCACAAUAUGCACACAUCCUGAGGAAGCUGUUUCCCAAGAGCAGCAGCAGCAGCAGCAAGCCCGUGCAGGCCCAAGACAGAUCCUUGGACAAGCAAGCUACAAAGACCACAACGCCUACACUGGGUGAGGAUCAAAUCAAAAAACUCAUCCAUGACGCAAAGGAAGACAUCUUACGGGAGUUGCAGCAAGGCAAAUAUGACAAGAGUGAAGGGACAGGUGAACCUGGUGCUCCGGAUCAAAACCCAGAAACUGUUUCUGAAAAAAUACGUGCCGGUUUCGUGGACCAGAUGAUGGAAAAAAUGAAGCACGAGUUCAAAGAGCAGCUCAAGAUCAAAGGGCUCGUGAACGAGAUUAAAAAUAACUUGAAUCCUCAUCCGUUCCGGGAUAACAGGUGUGAGUGCCCCCUGUUUAUCCUAAAAGUUGAUGAGCUGAUGGAUGUUUCCACAUGUGAGGAUAUCAGAAAUGCUUUGAGCCUGUUAAACUGCAGUGCCGAUUUGAUGAUUGUCACCGCCGCAAAGGACAUCCAGCUGGCUAAAGAAUAUUGUUACCCACCUCGGGAACCAAUAGACUAUUCUCUUGCUGGCCUCUACCAUGAUACAGUGCUCAAGCUAACUAGUCAGCAGAAGAAUGAAGACAGCUACAACCCCCAAAUUUUUCAUGAUAUCUUGUAUGAGUGUGAGCCACAUGAAUUCUGCAUGAAGGUCUUCACUCAUGCUUUGUAUGCUAACCCCAAGAGGAGCGGCGAGGAGUUACAAAAGCUGCAUAGCACCUUGCAGGCUUUACCAACAACAUCAUUCAACAACAUUGCUAAGGUGAUGGUCAAGUUCUCUUACAAUGACCUGCCUAAAGAAUACAAGUCCUGCUUUCUGUACCUAGCUAUCUUCUCUCCGGGACAAAAGAUCAGUCGGUCAACCUUGGUUGCACGGUGGGUUGCAGAAGGGCUGACAUCCAAGGAAGAUUGGCCCAGUUCUAUGCGUCAGGCCAACCGAUGUUUUGACGCACUUGUUGGCCGGUGCCUUGUUCAUCCUGCAGAUAUUGGUACCACAGGAAAUGUAAAGAGUUGCAUCGUUGGUGAUCCGGUUCAUGGAUUCAUUACUGCCAUCGCCAGAAAACAACACAUUGUGGAGACACGCCUGUCACAUCACUUGGCUCGCCACUUCUCCAUUUUCAACGAUCUCCAACUCCGCAGCUCCGAUAGAAUUGAUAAAUUCUUCCAGGGCCUCUCUAAAUCAUCUCAAGUGUCACUGCUCAAGGUGCUAGAUCUAGAAGGUUGUCAGUGCUUUGGCGGGAAGAACCAGCGGUACCUCAAGGAUAUCUGCAACAAGAUGUUAUUGCUCAAGUAUCUGAGCCUGAGGAGAACAGAUAUUACCCAGCUACCCAGUGAAAUCAACAACCUCCGUGAGCUAGAGGUACUGGAUAUCCGACAAACUGCAAUACCUCAACAUGCAACAGCGAAUAUCCUGCUCUUGAAGCUGAAGCGUCUGCUUUCUGGUCACAUUGAUCCAAACAAUUUUGGAUCUAGUAGUCGGAUUCCUCAUAGGAUCGACAAAAUGGUAAGCAUGGAGGUACUAUCCAAUGUCAAGGCCCAGCAGAGUUAUGAUUUAAAAGAUAUUGGAAAGCUAUGGCAGCUGAGGAAGCUAGGUGUGGUUAUCGAUGAUAAGGAUAGUCACCUCAAGAAUUUGCUUCAGACGAUCAGUGACCUACAUGAGUGCCUCCGUUCUCUGUCAAUCACUACUAUUCCCGUAGCCACACCAUGCGAGGCAGAGUUUCCAGAUGUCAAGAACCAUCCCAAGAUUCUCGAGUCUCUAAGCAUCAAGGGAACCACACAAAAUGGGCGUCUUCUUCCAUUUUUCAUAGAAGGUAAUAACAACAAACUUGCCAAGAUAACUCUAGGUCACACUCUGCUGAGCCAAGAUGAUCUGAAAGUCCUUGCCAAGCUGCCCAAGUUACGGUGUGUUAGGCUCCAACACAUUGUAUGCACCGAGCACAUGCUGAACUUCAAGGAAGGUGAAUUCAGAUGCCUCAAGUACCUUGUUGUUGAGGGCUCGGACUUGACUAAUAUCACUUUUGAGGAUGGUGCAGCCAGUGAGCUCGAGAAGAUGGUUUUGUCUAUCACCAGCAUAUGUUCUAUUUCUGGAGUUGAGUAUCUUUCUGAAUUGAAAGAGCUUGAGUUGAACAGCAGCUUUUGCGGCAGUUUGCUGUCAUCAUUUGACAAUGCCAAACAGAUAGCCAAGCUGACUCUUCGUAAUACAUUGCUAGAGCAAGCUGCUCUACAACUGCUCACCAAGAAACCAAAUAUACGCUGUCUGGUGCUCUUGGACAAGUCUUUUGGUGGAACACAAAACAAGAUCACAUUAGAAAAAGAUGAGUUCUUAUGGCUCAACCUCCUUGUUGUUGACUGCUCGGCCAUCACCAAGAUUGUCUUCAACAACGGGUCUGCUUCUAGGCUCGAGAAGAUUGUCUGGUCAUCUUCCACAUCUCUGUCCGGCAUCGACAAACUUCCCAGAUUGAAGGAGCUCGAGUUCAAGGGUGACCAAGUCCCUCCUGAGGUGAGAGAUGCCAUUGAAAACCAUAAAAACAAGCCUAGUCUUAAACUCAAUGGACCAAAAACUCAAGACUAAGCAAAAAGGAGAUGAAGAAGAGGAUGACAAGGAUGCUGCAACAUUCUCUUUCUGCUGGAAGAAACAGGUUUGACACCGGAAGGGCCUCUCCGUUGAUCGCACGGUGUGGUUUGCGUGUGCUAGUGUGGAUUGCAAUCUGUUCUUCUUGUCUGUUGAAUUUUUUUCUGAUGCGUGUUUAAGUUCUGCGUGCAUUACAACUUAAGUGUGUCCGUUUACUUGCUCUACAUGAGUGCCCUAGUGGCUCCGAUUGAGCGUAAACGGUUGUAUCUAUGCUUGGAUUUGAAUUUGUGUGACUUUCCUUUGUAUAAAACAUCGUAUGCAUUUGUGUACAGUAUCAUGUAAUAAAGUGUGAUGAUUGUGGACACAUUUGACUUCUUAUUAAUAUAUACAGUGU